AACGCCGGAAGCUUACUGUCCAUUCCCGGCAGACCCUGCCCCCGGUUCGGCGGAAGAACAGAAGGCGAUUCCGGCUUCUGUCGGAGGGUCGCAUCCACCUCUCUCAGCCCGCAGGGGAGCGGAGCGGUGUUCCCGUUGCACCGUUCCCCCCGGCCUUUGCCGGAAGUGCCGGCCGGCCUUCAGGGCGGGGGCGGCGCUGUGAAACCGGCGCAAGAGUCGGGCCGAGGAACGACUGGAAGCCGCAGCCCCCGACAGGGAGAGGGCCAUGAACGGCACCGCGAACCCGCUGCUGGACCGCGAGGAGCACGGCCUGAAGCUCGGCGAGAGCUUCGAGAAGAGGCCGAAGUCGUCCUUCCACACCAUCCGCUAUGAUUUUAAGCCAGCAUCUAUAGAUACUUCAUGUGAAGGAGAACUCCAAGUUGGCAAGGGAGAUGAAGUCACAAUUACACUUCCACAUAUUCCUGGAUCAACACCUCCAAUGACUGUGUUCAAAGGAAACAAAAGGCCCUAUCAGAAAGACUGUGUUCUCAUCAUUAAUCAUGAUACUGGGGAAUAUGUAUUGGAAAAGCUCAGUAGCAGCAUUCAGGUCAAGAAAACAAGAGCUGAAGGAAGCAGCAAAAUCCAGGCCCGAAUGGAGCAGCCCCCUUCUCGAGCACCACCACCUCCUGUGCCAUUCAGAGCCCCAAUGAAACCACCAAUUGGACCAAAAACAUCCCCUGUGAAAGAUAAUCCUUCACCUGAACCUCAAUUGGAUGACAUUAAAAGAGAGCUAAGAGCAGAGGUUGAAAUCAUUGAGCAGAUGAGCAGCAGCAGCGGGAGCAGCUCCUCAGAUUCUGAGAGCUCUUCAGGCAGUGACGAUGAUAGCUCCAGCAGUGGAGGAGAAGAGCCAGCUGCCCGCGCCUCACCCUCCCAGCCUCCUCACCAGCAGUUCAGUCACAGGAACCCCAUGGCCAAUGGCACCAGCCGGCCCUCUGGAAAUCACCAGCUGAUGAACACCCUUCGAAAUGACUUACAAUUGAGUGAAUCUGGCAGUGACAGUGAUGACUAGCUCUAGAGCUUCCUACAUCCAUCUCUUUGGCCAGAGAACACGUGGAGACAGCAGGAUGCUAGCAGAAAGCCCAUCACCAAGGAGAGCGCUUGGGGAAUUAGUGAUCACUGAGGAGUUGGGGAGGGGGGAUCCAAGCCUUGUCACAGAGCCCGAGCAGGAGUGCUCUUGUAUAUAUUUUGUGAAUAAUCUGUUUUAAAAGUUUUACUUAGGUCUAUAGAGUGAAUGACUUAAGAGGGUUUUGUUGUUGUUUGGUUAAUAUUGUGGAUGAAAAACCUGAACAGUUGGGGGAUAGUCUUGGUUAUUCCAAGAUUGAAUGAUAGACAUCCUUGGCAGUCACUAGUUAUGUCAUCUUCAUUGCCAAAAGAAAUUAUUUGGCUUUUGGGGGGCAAUCAGCACCCCUAUAGAAUAUUAAAGCCACUUCAAAUUAUUGAGCACAUGGAGAGAAAGGUUGUAGACUUCCUUGCCUAACUAGACCUCACCCUAUAGGCCAGUGAAGACAAAUUUAGGGCAUAGACUUGCCAAGGUAGAGAGAACAUUGUUUAUGAUCCAUGCCACACCUCUCAUUUUCCAAAGGAGGGAAGACUUAGACAGGCAGAGGCACACAGCUAAUGAAUAACAAAUGGGAGUAAAGCCCAGGGCUCCAGCACUUUCUCUAUUGUUCCAUAAUAUGCCUCCCAUUCUAUUUAAUUAACCAAAUAUUUAUUGAACACCUACUGUGUGCAGAACUUAGGUAUGUAGCAAAACCAUUGAUUUGUGUGCAUAGAGCAAUCAGAUAUGUAUUGGAGCUUUGUACCUAGACUGUGAAUGUCACAGCUGCCAUUUAAUUCUAGUUUGAAUUUGAGCCAGUUAAAGUUGGCUCUGUACAGGACAGAAGAACCCUAUGUUUGGCCACAGUGCCUGGAUGACAUUGGAAAUUUGAGUCCUGAGUUGUUAAGGGAAACCCAUGAGCCCACAUUUAUCUUUCAUUAGACGUGAUUGAUUCAGUGGCUUUUGAAAGGAAUGGGUUUUUAAAACAAGAAGUAGGAAUGGACAUGAAUAUAGGAGUUAGAGGAGAAAACUACUGAAUGUAUACAAACUGCAAGUGAGUUGAAAAGAAAAAGUCCCAGCGAAGAAUUUGGAAGUAUCAAAUGAGAAUACUGUAACUCUCCUUGAUUUGGGGGAUUUUUUUUCCUCCCAUGCUUUUAUAAAACUAUGUUUAAAUUACAAGUUGUAUUUUUAUACAGCUGGAAGCGAGACAGAAUAUGCCCUCUCUUGUACAAAUCUUCAGCAAAAUGCUUAAAUUACUGAUGAAAUGGAAAGAUUGUUCUAGGACAACAAUCCUUAGUUAUAAUUAAGUGUACCUUAUUAAGUGUAUGUACAGUAGGCCUCCAUAUUGUCUAAAUGAACAAACAUCCCAUUGCCUAUAAUCAGAAUACAGAUUAUUUAACAUGAGAAAAUUCUCUUGUUUAUGUUUGCUGGGCAUAUAUAACUUUUAAAUUAAUUCUGGCCUGUUGCUUUUCUGACUUGUGCCUCCUUUUCACACCCACCAUUCACCUGCCUGUCAGCUUAUCAACCCCAAUUCUAAAGUAGGAGAAUUUGAAUCUAGACAAGGGAUACAAGGCAGACACACAUGGGGGUAGCUCAAAGGAAAACCAUUACAUGGAGCCAUAGUUAGGUAAGAGGGAGGGAGGGAGGUUGCUUUUCCCUUUUGAAUUGUCCAAAGAAAGCUGGGAGUUCAAGUAAAGGGGAGUAGACCUCAUUGCCUUGUGAUCUUUAAGUACUUUUUGGUUCUUACCCAAAUCUCAGGCUUUUAGAUGGAAUUUAAUGGAAUAUAAGAAUUUAUUUAUGAUGAAUUGAUAAUUUAUUUAUAAUCUGAUGGUAGUGUUGACAUUAGAUAUGGGCAAUACCAUUAUCAGUUUAUAUUGUCGCUGGAAAUAAGGAAUAUUUAAAUAUUUCACUACUAUUAUUAACUUGCCCAAUUUUUUGAGCCAGAUUUCAGUUGUGUGAAUUAAAGGUUCCUGUGUAAGCUUUUAAAUUUCAAAUAAAAACAGAUGCUAAAGGAAGCGGACAGGACCUUGGUUCUAACAAACAUCUCCAGGUCAAGCUGUUCGUUUGCUAAUCAUCGAAAAGGAUUGUGUAAACGCAUUAUUUGCACAUAACACUAUGGUUAGUUAUUCAGAUAUAAUAGACUGGUAGGGGAAAUAGGGAUGGUAAGACAUUCUAAGAAUGUGCACACUUUGGAUGACAACUUGGAUGUGGGAACUAUGGAUGUUUUCAACAUUUUGAAGCAUCUGUUGGAAUUUUUCCAAUUUUCUUGUUAUGUGUCUCAUCUGUUUGUUUAGAAACCGGUGGUCAUAGUGGAUAGUCAGAAAUCUCAGAACCCUGUUUUUCGGAAAUACUUGUUCCAUGAUACAGUGCUUAAUCUAAAUCUAAAAUCACAAUAGGGUUUGGAUACUAGCAAACUCAAGAUUUUUAGCUGAAACCAAGACUACUUAUUCUUUGUCUUUUGUCUGUAACAGUCUCAUGUUUUUCUGAUGUUUAUAUUUGCUUGUCUUUGGUGGUGGGAAAAUUUAAAGUCUCCAGAAUCCCCAUUUCCCUGAUUAAGAUAACAGAUGCAGUAGGAUUUGUGUGCGUGCGUGUGUGUGUGUGUGCCCGUGUGUGUGUGUGUGUGAGAGAGAGAGAUUUAUGUUACUUUGAUAGAUGUAUUCUAUCAAAUGGGGGAUAUGUUAGGUUAUAGUAAAAACAGAACUAUUCCAGUGGGGCAUGGUAGGUAGCAUUUUGGAAACUCAGGUGUAGGUUGAAGUAAAAGACCAGUAGAAUAAUGGUCAGCACUUACCAUUGUCAUUUCCCCAUCAUCACAUUUGUCCCGAGUUCAUUUUAAAAAGUUAACUUAAAGUUGUCUGGCUCUGUGAUUACAAUUUUUAAAAUUUUGUGCCUAGAGUUUAUUUUCAUAGCUGCUUUUACUAUAGGGUAGAAAUGUGCAUGUUUACAUUUAUGUAAAAUAUUUGCAGUGUAAAGUUUUAUAGUUUACUCUUUUAAAAAAUCACUAUAUUUAAAUAAGAAAUUAAAGACAGCAAUCCUU